AUGUUUGCCCUUCGUUCUGUGGCCAAGGGCCGUGGUGUGUGGUCUUUCCCCCUUCGAGCGCAGGCCCUGUCCGCAAGUGCUCGUCGCGCGCUCGCGACGGCAUCAGGUGCGGAUGAUGUAUUUCAUCUGGAGACGCCGCGCGAAAGUGAGAGUGUCUUUACUGCUCAAGACACAUUUCUGCGCCGUCACGUUGGCCCUCGCCCCGAACAAGUUAAGCACAUUCUCAACACGCUAGGAUAUUCGUCCAUGGACGAGUUUGUUCGCAAGACUGUGCCGGAAGAGGUCUACCUUCCUGAGAGCAGUGCCGACGAGCGCUUCCUGCCGGCUCUGUCCGAGUCGGAGCUAGCCAGGCGCGGUAAGGAAUUGGCUAGCCAAAAUAAAGUGUUCCGAUCGUACAUUGGAAUGGGCUACCAUAACACUCAGGUCCCUCCUGUGAUCAUGCGCAAUGUGCUUGAAAACCCUGCAUGGUACACAAGCUACACACCUUAUCAGCCCGAAAUUUCGCAGGGUCGUCUCGAGUCUUUGCUCAACUACCAGACGAUGGUCAAGUCGCUAACUGGCCUUGACAUUUCUAAUGCGUCUUUGCUUGAUGAAAGCACGGCAGCCGCUGAAGCAAUGAUUCUUGCUCUAAACAACACUAAAGACAAAAAGCGCAAGGUGUUCCUUGUUGAUGAGAAGGUGUUGCCCCAAACUUUGUCUGUACUAAAAGGUCGUGCCCUUGGCUUUGGCAUUGAAGUCGUCCAGGCUCCGCUGCAUUCAGACGGUAAGAGUGCCUUACCUGCGGAUCUAAAGGACCGUAUCAUGGGUGUGCUGGUGCAGUACCCAGACAUGGACGGCUCACUCGUAGACUGGGCGCCUCUUGCGAAAGAGGUGAAGCAGGAGGGUGGUCUCGUUGUGGCUGCAACUGACCUGCUUGCUCUCACGAUGAUCAAGCCACCGGCUGAAUGGGGUGCAGAUGUCGCAGUCGGCAACGCCGGUCGUUUUGGUGUCCCGCCCGGCUACGGUGGACCGCAGGCGGGCUUCUUUGCUGCAUCCGAUGCGCUUAAGCGUCGUAUGCCUGGUCGCCUAAUUGGUGUGAGUCGCGAUGUGACGGGUCGUCCAGCUUAUCGCCUAGCGUUGCAAACGCGUGAGCAGCACAUUCGUCGUGAGAAAGCCACUUCGAAUAUUUGCACGGCUCAAGCCCUGCUUGCGAAUAUGUCGGCUAUGUACGCCGUGUACCAUGGCCCUCGUGGUCUUCGCCGUAUUGCUGCCAAAGUGCAUGCUCUUACGCUCGUACUUAAGCAGCAGCUUCAGGCUCUGGGCAUUAAGGUGCUCAAUCAUGAUGCCUUGUUUUUCGACACACUCACGGUCGAGGCACCCGCUACCGAGGUGCACGAGGUUGCAAGGGCCAAAGAGAUCAACUUGCGACGCAUUACUGAAGACCGUGUGGGUAUCACGCUAGACGAGACGGUGCGUCUGGAAGACCUCGCUGAUGUGGUGAAUGUAUUUGCACGUGUUCUCUCCAAGCCGGAGCUGAGUGCCCAGGACUUAAUGACAACGGCUUCGAAGCAGGGCCUUUCGAGCGCAUCGCUGGACCAACUAAACGUGCACCCCAAUUUCGCUCGUACCUCAUCCUAUUUGACCCAACCGGUGUUCAACGCCUACCAUUCAGAGACGUCACUGUUGCGCUAUAUCCACGCGCUCCAAAACAAAGACCUUUCCCUCGUGCACGCCAUGAUCCCACUGGGCUCGUGCACAAUGAAGCUAAACAGCACCUCGAGCAUGAACAUGCUCUCGUUUCCCGAGUAUCAUGCCCUGCACCCUUUCGCCCCAACGGAACAGGCCGAGGGAUACCAAACUCUCAUCAAGGAACUGGAGCAUGACCUGGCCCUACUGACGGGUUUUGCCGCUGUAUCAUUGCAGCCCAACUCUGGUGCUCAGGGCGAGUUUACUGGUCUGUCUGUGAUUCGAGCCUACCUCGCUGCUCACGGCCAGAAUCAUCGCCACAUAUGUCUGAUCCCGACUAGCGCACAUGGUACAAACCCUGCUUCAGCUGUGAUGGCUGGAAUGAAAGUAGUGCCUGUCAAGACGCUUCCAGAUGGAACUAUUGAUCUCGAUGAUUUGCGUGCCAAGGCAGAGGCCAACAAAGAUGUGUUGGCAGCCAGCAUGAUCACGGAGCCCGGAACCACAGGUAUCUUCUUUUCCAAGAUUAAAGAGGCCAUUGACAUUGUACACGAGUUUGGUGGUCAGGUGUACCUUGAUGGUGCAAAUUUGCAGGCUCAGGUCGGCGUGACGAAUCCAUGUAUUAUGGGCGCUGAUGUGACGCAUCUGAACCUGCACAAGACAUUCAGCAUCCCACAUGGCGGUGGUGGCCCUGGUGUCGGUCCGAUUGGUGUCAAGGCACACCUUGCUGCCUACCUACCCGGUCACCCUGUCGUGAAAACAGGCGGUGAGCACGCCAUUGAGCCGGUGUCGGCAGCACCUUGGGGCUCGGCUUCUAUUCUGACCAUUGCUUGGGCCUACAUCCGGAUGCUUGGUUGGCACGGUAUCCGCACAUCAACCAUCAUGUCCUUGCUGAACGCUAACUAUGUCAAGAAUCGUAUUCAACAUAAGUACAAGGUCAAGUACGUCGGCAAGCACGGCAACGUGGCCCAUGAGCUUUUGGUUGAUGUGGCCGAAUUCCAAAAAUGUGGCGUUCAAGUCAUGGAUGUGGCCAAACGUCUCAUUGACUAUGGCUUCCAUCCCCCGACAUGCUCAUGGCCUAUUUCGACUGGUCUUCUAAUCGAGAUUACGGAGAGCGAGCCAUUUGAAGAAAUUGAGCGUCUCGUCGAGGCUCUGCUCUCGAUCGCCGAUGAGGUUCAAGAAAUCAAUGAUGGUAAGCAGCCCAAGGAUGUCAACCUGCUCAAGAUGGCUCCGCACACCAUCGAAACGCUGACGACCGAGAAAUGGGACCGCCCCUACUCCCGUGAGCGUGCCGCAUUCCCGGUGCGAGCACUACGUAACAACAAGUUCUGGCCGCCUGUGUCGCGCGUCGAUGACGCUUACGGCGACCGUAACUUGGUCUGCGAAUGUGGCGACGUAGAGUCGUUCGCCUAG